AUGGUUGCAUGUGAUUUGGCCGCUGUUGUAAUUGUGUACAAAUUGCAUUGUUUUAGUACAUCAUAUUCGUUUCCAUCUUCUGGUUAUUCAGUGGUAUCAGCAAAAAUAAGCAAAGCAUCUAUUGCCAUUACGGAGAAAUAUAAUCCUAAGAAAUUCCGUAUUUACGAGCUCUUAGGUCGUGAAACUUCAACAUCCACAAACUAUUAUCGGUGUUUAAAAUGUGAAUCCUUCAAAAAGAAAGCUAUUGGUGAUUUACGUUCGAAACUCAGCGUUCCAUAUGUCAAGACAAUCAAUGGAAAACUAUCUGGAAAUAUUCAUCCGCAGCAUCAUCCUGCUUGUCAUCCAAUAGCAAGAAAAAUACAGGACUUCAAGAAAAUUGAUCGCAUUUGUCAAAACGAGGUGCUUUUUACUAAUAUUAGAAGAAAGCAGCCAGAAUGUAAAAACGAUGGGUUGAACCACGAUAAAAGUGAAAAUAUGUCAUGGGAAGUGGACUUUUUACUGAGAUUCAUAAGUCAAAGUUGCGUUGACAAGGAUGCUGAUGGAACAGACUAUGGCAGAUUCGUAAAUUUAAGUUGUGACAACAAAAAUUCCGAAGGAGCAGAUUAUAAAAGUACGGAGUUUGGCGGUGCAUCAGCGACCCUUGUCUUGCUUUCUUCUGUAAUCGUAGCAGAGAAUGGUGGAUUGUCAGUUAGGAUUUAUGACGAAGUCUCCAAAAAUGAUGAGAAAAUGACACUUUAUCACUGUUUAAGAUGCGAUGAAUUGUGUGAGAAAGAUAAUACACUGGUGCCUGCUGUAUUGAAGAAGCAAGAUAAUCUUAUUGUUGACAUGUAUCCUAAACACCACGCGAAGUGCCUCCCUUUAGCUUUAGAAUCUUUAAGAGAGCUGGGCAGUAAUCUGAAGAAUUUUUGGGUUGCAGUGAAAUCUAAGAUUAUCCACUUGAAAUCAGUUCUUGAGUGUGAUGUGCUCAAGAAAAAGUUUCUCCAAUGUAAGUCAGGCCAACUAAGUGGGAAUGGAAUAGCCAUAAAUGAAACAUAUGUGAGCAAUAUGGACACUUCAUCAGUAAUCAAAACGCAAGAGCGAAGGUGUGUUUGCAAACGCUUUUAUGAAGAAAAUGAGAUGCUGUAUCAAGAAAUGAUGAGAUACCGAGAUGAAAUGAAAUCAAUGGUCAACAAUAUAUGUCGUAUUUCAACAUGUAAUGCCAAUUAUUACGUAGAUGAAGAGAUUAUAGAAGAAGGCGAUAACAAUACAGUACAUUUUGUUGGUGUCUAA